CAAUCACGAUCGGGAAUCGUGAGUCCACGAAUAGUCACAACAACAGAGGCAACAAGAAUCACAAUCUGGAGUCUGAGUGGAGCGAUGCGUAGACAAUGAUCUUGUAAAUCUGGAUGAUCAGCUGCACGGAAGCUUACCAAGAAGCUGGCUCUGCAUCGCGAAACCCCCCGGAAUCAUGCCGCCCCGUCGAUCAGAUCCCAACUAUUUCGAUAGCAAGUGGACAGAGGAAGAGUAUGUGCCUCAUCGCACAUCUACGGAGAGAGACGCGGAGCAGCAGCAGCAGCAGCAGCAGAUUGCUGGACCUAGCGAUAGCACGCGUACGCGCUCUAGAGGCGAUGCAGAAGCAGCCAGCACUUUGGCCACUUCGAGGUACAGCAUGAGGGCGAGAAAGAGCAUCAGCUUAAAAGAGCCCGAUGCCAGUCCGGCUACGAGCGAGGAUGAGGGGCAAGACGAUAGGCUCGCCGUCGCAACUUCCACACAAGGCGAUGAAGAUGAUGAUGAUGAGGAGGAGGAAGCGAGCAGGGUACUGGCGUGCUUGCCUGAGAAUGCACGUCUAUCCGAUGAGGAGCAAGACAUGACGGGAUGGAUGACAAUCCAAAAGAAAUUGUUCCUCGCCUACCGCAAAGAGAAGCGAUUGAUGGCAUCGAGCGAGCUACUGGAGGAAUCGGAGCAGGUGGAGCUUAUUCGCGCAAGAGCAAGACGCAGAACAUUCAUGCAGAAAGUCGGCAAGGCGGAGAAGAAGAGAGCGCGAUUGAGAAGGGAGGAGGAACAAAGAGAGGAGAAGCGAAAGCUCAAAACUGCGCGACGCUUGGAGCACGAGGCAAAUUCAGAGCGGCCGAUUCGCGAGCAGAUUCGCGAGCAAGAGCGCAAAGCUGCUUGGGCGGAGGCCGAAGAGGAGAGGAUACAGAGACAGGAGGACGCGUUGAGAGAGGAAGCCAAUCAAGUGGAUGGCAUGUCAACAGCUCCUGCUCAUCCUGCCGACGGUGCAACGACAAGCCAGCAGCUUGCACACCACGCCCAAUCCGGUCGCUUCGCUAUCAGUCCAGCCGUGUCGCCUUCGCCUCCGAGAACUUUGGAUGAGAAGAAAGACGAGGAUGUCAAAGUAGAUCCUUGGCGAGCAGAAUCGGUCGCUUCGGGUCUCGACGACGUCGACGCGUUCCUCCAAGCGCACAUCAACGGCGGUACACGUCCCGCUCCGCCCGGUGCCGCCGCUUUGUGGGCCACCGCCGAAUUUGGCCUGGUCAUCGUAGCUUCCAAAGAUGGCAGGUACAAAAUCAGGGCCAAGGUGCCCGGAGAGCUCAGCAGGUGGAUCGAAAAGGAUCGAGUGCCUGAUGUGUUGGUACUGCACUGGCGAAAAGGGAGGGAGGACAGGGAUGCCGAAAGGCAGAAGCGCGCUUCGAAGAAAGCGCAGCAGCUUGCAAAUGGCAAGAGGCCGAAUGAGGAGGAUGCGAAUGAGACGGCGGAACGAGGCCUCGAGGCCGAAGAUGCCAGCCAACGCAACACUUCUUCUCGCCAAAAGAAGCGCCGUAGAGUGGAGGCUGACGAGCGAUUGCCGGUCAACUCGGAUGGAACGCUCGAAGCAUCCGAGAAGCCAAUGGAGUUAGAUGACGACGCGAGCCAACAGAGAGCGAGGGACGACAAUCUAACAAAGGCCGGAUCCGUGCUGCAUUACUCUAUGGGUGAAGAUCCCGAAGUGGUGAUUGAACGAAAGAGCGAGCCAAGCAGACCUCGUCCUUUGCAACCCUCGUCCACCACCAUGGAGGUGAACGCUUCUCAGCCCUCUGGUCCAGUGACGCGACAAUCCAUGCCCAGCGCGUUUGUGUCCCAGACACAAUCGGUGCCGACGCCGUCGAACAGCUUCUCGCCUGCUGCAGCUGCCAGAAUUGCUGCUCUUCCUGACCCGAACGUGCGAUCCGCCGCGUCGGAAGCGAGAGUUGGGUUCGGUCCCUUGCCUCGUCUCGGUCCCGAAGUCUUUCAAACGCACCUUCGAGCUCAGGCCCUUGCGGAAGGCGAACUUUGGCAACAUGAACCUCGACAUGCCGCACAGGCUCGUGCGACGUUGGUGAAGCGUGCAGGAGAAAAGCGCGAGGCUUCGACGAGCACUGGUCAGCAGAGCAGCGGCAACUCUGCCAGCCCUUUUGGCGAAUCCGGAGCAGAGGCAAAGAUGGUCAGAAUUGGGGACCUCAUCAUUCCUGUGGCUGAUCCCAAUGCGCAGACUCAGGAGGAGAGGCGAGCUGCUGAGCUGGCUGGCGCUUUGGACUUGAACGCUACGGACGAAGAUGCGAUGCAGAAGGUCGAAGCUGCUCGACGUGCUGGAUUGCGCCAGCCUGCGACGCGCGAAGAGAGCCACUGUCCGCCCGUGGAGGAGGCGGAGAACGAAGAUGCGGAGAUGUCGGCACGCCUGCAAACAAAAAGUCGAUCUGCUUCGAGCAGGCGCUUGCGAAGACGCGGGCGGUCUCGAUCGAAGCGUUCCUCGGUACCUCUGGGAGAAGCCGAAGGCAUGUUCGAAGAGCUUGAGGAAGAGCAAGCUGCACAGUCGUCUGGCGCUCAAAACCCCGGAGCUGAAGCUGCUCGAGACUCUGUUCCCCCUCCUUCUGCUCCUCUGCCGUCCCAUCCGCCUGUCGCUUCGACGCCUCGCGAGGCCGAUGGCGUGGCCGAUGGGGUGCGUGGCGAGUCGCAUAUGAGCAAGGAGGAACUCCUCAGAGAUCCGCACACACCAGAAGCACGACGAAGCAUUAUUCGUCUCGUCGAGCAAAGUCCCUAUGUGCCUGCAUUUUUGAAACGAGAAGUGCAGCACUUUUUGCUCAGACACGAUCAGUCCGAAGCGCAGGCGAGCGUCUCCACACAAGGUCGUGCUGCGACACAUCAGUCCCUGUCGGAAACGCAAGAAGAGGCUGGUUUCUUGCCGACCAAGAAGGAGUGGCUGUUCGAACUGGAACGCGGAGAUGCCAGAACACCCUACCUCGUCUUGGCUCUCUUAACCGAUCAGCAGCAGCAAGAGAUGCAAGCUGAUCAGCCCGGACUGGACUACGAGCUGUCGACGUUGGACGAAGAGAGCGUCAGGCAGGUCUAUUCCGAUCCGGAUUACGAUCCUUGGCUCGACAAGAACGGUCAUCUGUUCGUCGUGCGAGGAUUCCCUGCACCGGUAGCUUGUGCAGGCGCAGGUACGGAUAUCGAGAGCUUCGGCAGUGCAAGCCUUGCUAAUCGUCAGCCGACGAGUCAGAGCUUGUCAAUCGACGACGUCAAAUCCACUCCAGCUUGGCUCGACCUUCAAACGCAAAACGAGAAUCUCUACGCUAGUCUGCAAUCUGCCAAAAAUCAUCACGGCAAGAUGAGCCAUCAGCUCGAAUCUGCGGAGCAGCAGCGGCAAGAAGCGAGGGAAGAGGUUGCUUUCAUUCGUACACUGUACGAUCGAGCUUCCGAGGCUGCCGCAGAGUCUGCAAACGACUUGCGACACGCUGAGAACAGGGUGCGUCAACUGGAAAGCCAAUUGGCUGACGGGCUGGACGCUUUCAGAACGGCAGCACGAUCUCAAAGACUUGAUUUGGAGGGCAGAUUGAAACGUAGCCAGGAUCAGGUCAGGUUGCUCCUGGCUCAAGCCGCGCUCACCGACGACGAGAUCAGAUCGGAUGCGCAGAGGUGGAGAGAGCAUGUGGCGGAGGAGAAGAGGGCCAAGAAGAGAGCUGAGCUGGAGAUGAAGAGGUUGGCCAAGGAGAGAGAGGAACGAAAAGACCUGCUGAGCAUGCUGGCUGGUCCUAAAAAAGCUAGAAAGUCUCAAGCGGGAUCGAGCGAAAAUGCGAUGGGAGAUGACGAAGAGCAGCAGCAGCAGCAGCGGCAGCAACAGCAAGAUGAGUUGCAGCGUCAGACAUCUCUUGCAGGCGCCGAUCCAACUGCUGCUGCUCUUUCCAACGCCGGCGCUGAAGACCUUUUGGAUGGCGAGCUGGCUGGUCUCUUGGCGGAUCAAGGGGACUCUGUGCCUGCGAUCGUCGAUGCGCCCAUAGGUCGAAAUGGAAGACCUCAGCGUAUCAGACGUCCCCCAGCUCAUAGGACCGCAUCGAAUAGUCCUGCAGUGCAAGUUGCUCCUCCUUCAUCCAGCGCACCUAAUCCGCCAAGGUCGGGUCACACCGCAGAUGGACAAAAGUCUCAGUCCACAACGAGGCAAAGGGCAUCCUCCAAGAGACCUGCAGCGAUGGCUGCUUCGCAGCUCAAUACGGGUGUUAUUGCAGAGGAGCCGCAAGGCAAGGGCUCCAUCUCCAACGUCCCGUGGAGCAGCACGAAUGUCCUUGGUGCGCCCCUCGCUGCUCAAAAUCAGCCCGUCGUUGGCGCGCUGCUUGGCGGAGCUUCGUCGUCCGAUGCAACAAAGGAGGCGAUCGCGCCCAUCACCCAAGCCUCACCGAAAGAAGCGCCAGAGCUGCCUGGACUCAUCGAUCAACCAACGCGGCUCGAGGGGCAAAUGCAAGGCGCUGGCGUCGAGAUCCAUGCUCAAGGAGGAGCGCAAGCACCGAGCGGGGUGGGGAUUCGGCCUUCGCCCCUCGUGGAGGGAGCGGAUCAGAUGAUCGCGGGCGCAGACAGCACAAAGCGCUCGGCGCUCGGCGCAAGCUCUUCGAUUCAAGCGACCACGGGCGAUUCUCGAGAACAGGAUGUCGACAUGCUCAUCUCGGACGUCGAGGAGAAUGAGGAAGUGGACGAAUUGGAUCAGGAGGAGGUGGCGACUAGAGCCCUCUUGGCUGCUUCCUUGAUUUGAAUUCCUUCCCCCCUUUCUCUCUCUCUCACUCGCAUCUACCGCAUCACGAGUGAAGGCACGCAGAAUAUGCAACGCCUCGGUGUGUAGAGCCACCUGCAAUGCCGACUGCGAAUUACAGAGUGGGUUGCGCUGACUUUGCGCCUCGAUCAGUGCGAG